AUGGAGGUGACAGAAUGUGACGGCACAGUCUUCGUCUUCAUGGAGCGAGCUACUGGGGGUGACCUGUUUGAGCUCAUCGUUGCGAGGAAUCGGCUCCAGGACAAGGAGGCACGAAAAUACUUCCGGCAGAUCAUUGAUGCAGUGGGAUUUUGCCAUCGGAACCGCGUGGCCCAUCGAGACCUCAAGCCUGAGAAUAUCUUCAUGGACUCCAACAUGAACGUGAAGCUCGGAGACUUUGGCCUUUCAGCAAAGUUCGAGUGGGGGACUCCCCUCACCGAAUCUGUGGGCUCCCCAAACUACGCAGCCCCGGAGUUGCUGCAGCGCGCAUGCAGCUACCAGGGCCCAGAGGUCGAUGUUUGGGCCGCCGGCUGUGUGCUGUAUGCCAUGAUUACUGGGACGUUGCCUUUUGAUGCCGACAGAACUGAUGCUCUCUUCAAACUGAUCAAAUCUGGCACUUACCGCAUGCCUGGUUACGUCUCAGAACAGGCCAAGGACGCUUAUGACCUCAUUUCCAAGAUGCUCACGAUCGAUCGUGAAGCAAGAGCCUCCGUGGCAACUUGCCAUGGCAGAAAGAUGAUCUUGUCAAGAUAUGGGCACACAUUCCGCUGGCUUAGCGGCAACAGGGCCCAGUUGAUUUUAACCUCGGCAGUUGAGCAUGCAGACAUUCGAAGGCACUGCUGGCUAGAGGAGGAGGUGCGCACCAAGGAGGUCAAGGCGAGACAGCCCGGGUUCUAA